GUCAGCUUAUGGCCCUACGGUACGUCGCCACUCUCAAUAUGGUAGCUGUUUACCCCAUAUUUCUCCUCCCCUCAGCGCUUCAACUUCCUCGUUAUUUUGAAUAAACUUUAUUGACUACUUUGAAUUUCCUGCCACCCCCACCGGGCUUUUUCCAGCGACUUCUUGGGUCAUCUUUCACAGACUGGAGGCUGGUUUAUCUCAUUCCUCCUUGAUUUGCUUGAGGCUAGCUUUUGCUGGCCCAGCAACAACGCCACCUGCCCGUUUGCCCGGGGCCAUCGGACUAGGCCCCAGCAGCCGUCUCUUGUAGGCUUGAGCGGCCGGACCGUGAGGAGCGCUGUGGAGAAGGCUGCCCUGAAGCACCGUCAGGCUACAAGCACUGCCUGACGAAUCGGGUGGUUGUAGGGGAAGGCGAGCAAGGUUCGCAGCUUUACAGUGACAAUCCCAGAAUUCGCUGCGCGCAGCCUCGGGCCGGAACUGCCCGGAUAGCCUCCGCUUAGCGAAGCACCGUGUUGCCCCGGAGCGAGCCCAGCCGCCGGCGAGUCUCUGGGGCUAAGCUCUGCGGGCGUGAGGAAUCCCUACCGCCUUGGGCAUGAGGAGGUCCCUGUAGGGUUUGGGACCGUGGACAUUCUUGUCAGGUUUGGAGCGUGAAAAGGUUCCUGUCAGACGGGGAGGUACAAAGGUAUCCUCCCAUCGUUCAGUGAGGACGCUUGCUGCCGGCCCUCCACCCCUCUUGACACCACAACCCUGGCCCACCGCAGAACCAUCCAAGGCCCAGUGAAGAUGGCUUCGGUGCCUGUGUAUUGCCUCUGCCGGCUACCUUAUGAUGUGACCCGCUUCAUGAUCGAGUGUGACAUGUGCCAGGACUGGUUUCAUGGCAGUUGUGUUGGUGUUGAAGAAGAGAAGGCUGCUGACAUCGAUCUCUACCACUGCCCCAACUGUGAGGUCUUACAUGGGCCCUCCAUUAUGAAAAAACGCCGUGGAUCUUCAAAAGGGCAUGAUAUCCACAAGGGGAAACCAGUGAAGACUGGGAGCCCCAUGUUCAUUCAAGAACUCAGGAGUAGGACUUUUGACAGCUCAGAUGAAGUGAUUCUGAAACCCACUGGAAGUCAGCUGACUGUGGAAUUCCUGGAAGAGAAUAGCUUCAGUGUGCCUAUCCUUGUUUUGAAGAAGGAUGGUUUGGGGAUGACGCUACCUUCGCCAUCAUUCACUGUGAGGGAUGUGGAACACUAUGUUGGAUCUGACAAAGAAAUUGAUGUGAUUGAUGUGACUCGCCAGGCUGACUGCAAGAUGAAGCUUGGUGAUUUCGUGAGAUACUAUUACAGUGGGAAGAGAGAAAAAGUCCUCAAUGUCAUUAGUUUGGAAUUCUCUGAUACCAGGCUUUCUAACCUGGUGGAGACGCCCAAGAUUGUUCGCAAGCUAUCAUGGGUCGAGAACUUGUGGCCAGAGGAGUGUGUCUUUGAAAGACCCAAUGUACAGAAGUACUGCCUCAUGAGUGUACGGGAUAGUUAUACAGACUUUCACAUUGACUUUGGUGGGACCUCAGUCUGGUACCAUGUGCUCAAGGGUGAGAAGAUCUUCUACCUGAUCCGCCCAACAAAUGCUAAUCUGACUCUCUUUGAGUGCUGGAGCAGUUCCUCUAAUCAGAAUGAGAUGUUCUUUGGUGACCAAGUGGACAAGUGCUACAAGUGUUCUGUGAAGCAAGGACAGACACUUUUCAUUCCUACAGGGUGGAUUCAUGCUGUGCUGACUCCUGUGGACUGUCUAGCCUUUGGAGGGAACUUCUUACACAGCCUUAACAUCGAAAUGCAGCUCAAAGCUUAUGAGAUUGAGAAGCGGCUGAGCACAGCAGACCUCUUCAAGUUCCCCAACUUUGAGACCAUCUGUUGGUAUGUGGGGAAGCACAUCCUGGAUAUCUUUCGAGGUUUGCGAGAGAAUAGGAGGCACCCUGCCUCCUACCUCGUCCAUGGUGGUAAAGCCCUAAACUUGGCCUUUAGAGCCUGGACAAGGAAAGAUGCUCUGCCAGACCACGAAGAUGAGAUUCCAGAGACAGUGCGGACUGUGCAGCUCAUUAAAGAUUUGGCUAGGGAGAUCCGCCUCGUGGAAGACAUCUUCCAACAGAACGUUGGGAAGACGAGCAAUAUCUUUGGGCUUCAGAGGAUCUUCCCAGCUGGCUCCAUCCCCUUAACCAGGCCAGGCCAUUCCACUUCAGUAUCCAUGUCCAGGCUGUCACUGCCAUCCAAAAGUGGUUCAAAGAAGAAAGGCCUGAAGCCCAAGGAAAUCUUCAAGAAGGCAGAGCGAAAGGGCAAGGAGAGUUCAGCCUUGGGGUCUGCUGGCCAGUUGAGCUAUAAUCUCAUGGACCCAUACAGUCAUCAGGCAAUGAAGACAGGCUCUUCCCAGAAAGCAAAGUUCAACAUCACUGGCGCCUGCUUGAAUGACUCAGAUGAUGACUCACCAGACGUGGACGUUGACACAAAUGAGGGCCCAAUGGCCUUGUUGAUGGCUAAUGGCAGUACCAAGAGAAUGAAGAGCUUAUCCAAGUCUCGGAGAGCCAAACUUGCAAAGAAAGCAGAUGAUGCAAAACUGGUAGCAGAACAAGUGAUAGGAGAUGAACUUGAUGUAGAUUCUGAUGAUGAACUGCAGAUUGAUGAGAGAUUGGGAAAGGAGAAGGCAACCCUGAUAAUAAGACCAAAAUUUCCCCGGAAAUUGCCCCGUGCAAAGCCUUGCUCUGACCCCAACCGAAUUCGUGAACCUGGAGAAGUUGAGUUUGACAUUGAGGAGGACUAUACAACAGAUGAGGACAUGGUGGAAGGGGUUGAAGGCAAGCUUGGGAAUGGGAGUGCAGCUGGUGGAAUUCUUGAUCUACUUAAGGCCAGCAGGCAGGUGGGGGGACCUGACUAUGCUGCCCUCACCGAGGCCCCAGCCUCCCCCAGCACUCAAGAGGCCAUCCAAGGCAUGCUGUGCAUGGCCAAUUUACAAUCCUCAUCAUCUUCACCAGCUACCUCCAGCCUGCAGGCCUGGUGGACCGGGGGACAGGACAGAAGUGGUGGGAGCUCCAGCAGUGGACUGGGCACAGUGUCUAACAGUCCUACUUUCCAGCAUACCCCAAGGAAACAGUCCUUGAAGCGACCAGCAUACUGGAAAACAGAGAGUGAAGAGGAGGAGAAUGCCAGUCUGGAUGAACAAGACAGCUUGGGAGCAUGCUUCAAGGAUGCUGAGUAUAUCUACCCAUCUCUGGAGUCUGAUGAUGAUGACCCUGCUUUGAAAUCUCGAACCAAGAAAAAGAAGAAUUCAGACGAUGCUCCCUGGAGUCCUAAAGCCCGUGUGACUCCAACUCUACCCAAGCAGGACCGUCCUGUCCGUGAGGGGACCCGAGUUGCCUCCAUCGAGACAGGUUUGGCUGCUGCAGCUGCAAAGCUAGCCCAGCAGGAACUGCAAAAGGCCCAAAAGAAGAAAUCUAUCAAGAAGAAGCCUUUGCUGAAGGAAGUAGAACAGCCUCGCCCUCAAGACUCCAAUGUCAGUGUGACAAUACCAGCACCAACACCUGCUGCUACAACCCAGCCCCUUACCUCCUCCUCCCCUCUGCCUCCUCCUGAGCCUAAACAAGAGGCUUUGUCUGGAAGUCUUGCUGACCAUGAGUACACUGCUCGUCCCAAUAACUUUGGCAUGGCUCAGGCAAAUCGCAGCACCACACCCAUGGCCCCCGGUGUCUUCUUGACCCAGCGGCGCCCUUCAGUUGGCUCCCAAAGCAGUCAAGCAGGACAAGGAAAGCGUCCUAAAAAGGGCCUGGCCACGGCAAAGCAGAGACUCGGCCGCAUCCUGAAAAUCCACAGAAAUGGCAAGCUACUUCUGUGAGCCGAGUCCCCUUGUGUCCCUCCCUUCACCCCCUUUGCCUUCUUCGUUGUCAACUUUCGGGGCACUCCUGGAUCCUAUCUGCCCCGGACAAGGUGCUGAGGCGCAUUGUCCUGCUUUCUUGGAACUGACCAAAGGCAUGGACUCCCCCCCAACACACCCCAACUCCCUUUCCUACUUCUGUGAGCAUCUUGCCUUCCUUCUACCCGUGAGUGGCAGGUAAAUAGGAGAGGGUUUUAGCUGACUAGAACCUCUUUUCUAUUCCUCCCACUUGUUUCCCUUCUACCUGCCGUGUCUUUUACUCUUGUUUACUCCUCCCCUAUAUGAAAGGCAGGAUGAGGAGAGGCAUGAAGAGAGUGGACCCCUCAAUUUCCUUGGCCAUGAAGUGGGGAAUGGCAGUGCUUAAUAUUUUCUCCAACUCCAACCCUGUCUCUCAAGCCUGUCCACCUUCACCCACUUUUCCCACCCCUUCCAAGAGUGGCUGUUGUUCUUUGGAGAAGGCUAUGGCCUCUUUCCUCUCUUGCCUUUUGGGGGAGAAGGAGGGAAUGAGGAGGGCCCUGAAUCCCCUUACUAUUUCACUGUGGGCCACCUCCAUAGGUGGGAUAGAAAAGCUGACCUUUCUGUCUUUGGGAAGAAAGGCAAUUACUGUCACUUUCCAAGGUGUGUAGAGGACAGGUGCCUAAGCCUUUGGCUAUGGCUCUUGCCCAUCAGAAGAAGCUACUUUUGGCUGGCUACACAUGAAGCCCCUGUGCCAUGGUGAUCUCCAUCCAAGGAUUUGCCUAGAUGUUAAGGUCCUACAGAACAUAAUCCUUAUGGUUUGGAUGGGUUCCAGCAGGUGAAAAACUGAGUGCACCUAGUACUCAAGCAGACUGCUGUGGCUCUAUAGCUUGUUUCCUCCACCUGUACCACAGAGCACAGGCUAGGCCUUUUGGAGAAGAUACAGUGGGACAGUCUAUCCCUGUGUCCUUCAUCAGAACCUCCAUAUUUCUUUUCCACCUAAGGCCUUAGUGUAAGGACGACCUUAGGACUCACUCAAACCUUCACCCCUUGGCCUUUGCACUUCCGGACCACAGGUCACCAUUAAACAGAAUGCAGAUAGGCCACUCAAUUCCAAAUUUAUAAGAGAUGCCCAUCUGUUAGGUAGCAGACCUUCUGAUCCUACUUUCUCUUUCCUUUGUGAUUGUCUACUUUGUCUAAACAGUGUCCCUACCUCCCUCUUGUCUUGCCUCAUUGGCAGUCUCCACUUGAUUGAGAAUGCCCACAAACACAUUUUGGCAUUGCCCAAGUGGAGUGUAUCCUUUUUCACUACCUUUUCAUUCCAACCUCACCCCAGCUUGCCCAGUCCUUCUGGGAAAUUUAACAGCUACCAUGCAGGCCACAGGGAAUUUUUGAGGCACCCUUUACCCUCAUUUUUUCUGUAGCUUGUCCUUUUCUCCAUAGAUCCACCUUGAUUGUCCUUUGGAAUCAAAGGAUUAUUUAGCUCAUUUGCUUUUCUACCUUGGGGACCCCAGAAGCCAAGCAGCCCUCCAUCUAGUCACACCAAAGGCAAAAGGCCUGGCUACCUCCUCCCUAGCAAGUGAGGUCCCUCUUGCCCCUUCCCUCUUUUCUACCCAGCAUUGCUUAUCUUGGGGAUACCAAGGCAGCAAGGGGUAGUGAGAGUAUAGGGCAGGAGAAGCCUCUUGUCCCUGUGUGGGCAGCUGCCUCUGACUAAAGGCUGACUGCUAUCACCAAAACAGGUCCCCAACAGCCCUUUUGCCCAUUAACACCCCCUCUUGAUCUCACAAAGGCAGCUAAUUGCUAGCAACAUCCCCCCCCUCUCAAUUCCAGGCCUCUUUUCCCCUCUGUUUGUUAGUAGUUUCUGUGGAGCUGAAACCCAGGCUCUGGGUUCAUUUAGUUUAGUUGGGUUCUUAGAGUAUCCUGUUUGUUGUUUUGUGUUGUUUCCAAUGAAAAGCAAGUUUACCCUCAGAGUUAUGCUUUUCCAAAGAGGCUAGUGUGGGUUUUUGUUGUUGUUGUUGUUGUUCUUUAAUGUUUCAGGUUCUAAGUGAACUGAGCUGGGGAGGGGUUGGGAGUAACCAAGGUUUAGAACAUGAUGAGAUAGUUACCUCUGAUCUGCAAUUCCAAGCAGAGAGUGGGGUGGGGGUGGGGGAUGGGAUAGGGUGCAGAAAGAGAGGAUUUCUAGUCACCUUUAAUAUAUUUUUACAAAGCAAACAAUUUAAAAACAAACCCACCGCUUCUGUACAUUGUCUAAAUAUAUUUUUAGAAGUGGGUAGUAUUGUGAAUUUCUGAUGCAGGGCCUUUUUAUAAAUAAGUUGGAGUGGUAUCAUCCAGGUUUCUCUAUUGUUUUUCCCUUGUUUUUUUCUUAUGUUGUGUUACUAAUGUAAUUUAUAUUUUUUUUAGAUCCUUCCUUUCCUAUAGAGAUAAAAGUGAUUUAUCUUG